GGGGGGGGGGGGUGGCUGCCAUGUUGCUACUCCCCUCCCUUCACAAUUAGCCAAUCAGCAAAGGCCGUGGCAGGCAGGAGACAUAAAGCACAAGAUUGCAGCACAAGCAGAGAAGGAUACUGAGAGAGUUGCUGGGGAACCCUCAUCCAACACACCCAUCCACCCAAAAAAGAGAGUACCUGCUGGGGACAAUAACCACCAUAAGAAAGAAGCCUCUUUUUUCCCUUUUCCGUCUUUUCUUUUUUUCCCCCAAAAAAAAAAGACAGAGAGAAAAAAAAACAACCGAAGACAGAGGUUUUUCUUUUUCUUUUCCGGAGAAAACUGCCUUUUAUUUUUUUUUAUUUUUAAUUUUUGUGUUGUUGUUUGCUGCCACUGCCGCUGGUUUUUAAUUUUCUCUCUGUCAUCUGUAUUGUGUCCCCACUCGGCCUUGGGAAAAGAAAAAAGAAAAAGGAAAGAGAAAAAUACCACGCUAAAUACAAUAUCAAAUACAAUAUUUCAGCAGGCAGCAUAUCCCCUCACAAAGCCAAGUGGCUAUUCCAAGACCUCAUCGACCGGACCUGUUCCCUCUUUUUACAACAAGAAUGGUUACACAGAUAAUCAGCACCAUGGAGACUCAGGUGUCUAAUGGUCCCACGGCUAACAGCCUCCCCAAUGGGCCUGUGAUCGGCGGCAGCAGCUCCACUGACGACAGCAAAACCAACCUGAUCGUCAACUACCUGCCCCAGACCAUGACCCAGGAGGAGUUCAAGAGCCUCUUCAGCAGCAUCGGAGACAUCGAGUCCUGCAAACUGGUCAGAGACAAGAUCACAGGUCAGAGCUUGGGCUACGGCUUCGUGAACUACGUGGACCCCAAUGAUGCCGACAAAGCCAUCAACACGCUGAACGGGCUCAAACUGCAAACCAAAACGAUCAAGGUGUCGUACGCCCGGCCGAGCUCGGCCUCCAUCCGAGACGCCAACCUGUAUGUCAGCGGGCUGCCCAAGACCAUGAGUCAGAAGGACAUGGAGCAGCUGUUCUCGCAGUACGGCCGAAUCAUCACCUCCCGCAUCCUGGUGGACCAGGUCACAGCAGGCAUAUCGCGAGGCGUGGGCUUCAUCCGGUUUGACAAGCGCAACGAGGCGGAGGAGGCCAUCAAGGGCCUGAACGGGCAGAAGCCGCUGGGCGCCGCCGAGCCCAUCACCGUCAAGUUCGCCAACAACCCCAGCCAGAAGACGGGCCAGGCACUGCUCACCCAGCUGUACCAGACUGCGGCCCGCCGCUACACCGGCCCCCUGCACCACCAGACGCAGAGGAUAAGACUCGACAAUUUACUAAACGGCAGCUACGGAAUGAAGAGCUCUCCCUCUCUCCUCCCCAGGUUCUCCCCCAUCACCAUCGACAGCAUGAGCAGCCUGGCGGGGGUGAGCCUGACAGGGCCCACGGGGGCCGGCUGGUGCAUCUUCGUCUACAACCUGUCCCCCGAGGCCGACGAGAGCGUCCUGUGGCAGCUGUUCGGCCCCUUCGGCGCCGUCACCAACGUCAAGGUCAUCCGCGACUUCACCACCAACAAGUGCAAGGGCUUCGGCUUCGUCACCAUGACCAACUACGACGAGGCGGCCAUGGCCAUCGCCAGCCUCAACGGCUAUCGUCUGGGAGACCGCGUGCUGCAGGUCUCCUUCAAAACCAGCAAGCAGCACAAGGCCUGAACAGCAGGGCGGAGAGAGAGGGAGAGAGUGAGAGAGAGAGAGAGAGAGAGAGAGAGAGAGAGAGAGAGAGAGAGAGAGAGAGAGAGAGAGAGAGGGAGAGAGAGAGGGAGAGGAAUCGCCACAACUCCUUAAUCCUGCAGGGGGAGCCCCAUAGCUCCCUACUACACUCACCCCACAUGGGUCUGGAUAACGUCUCACACAUACACUGAUGCGUGAACACACACACACACACAGACACACAGAAGCGUGAAAACACUACACAAACACCCUCCUGCACACACACACUGAUGCAUGAUCAUACGCACACACACACAUGCAUUGUGCAGACACAGGUAUAAUCACAUGCUAGACAUCACACGCACACACAUGCACGAACGCACGCACUCACACACUCGCACACACAUACACACAGAAUGGACUGUUGGACUGUACCACCAGUGGUGUCAGUAGAGUUCCAUGCAUGUUUAUAGUUUGGUCUGCUAAACUGCCGUGAAUGUUGAAUAGCAACAAAAUACCCACAGCGACUGCACCAGAACACACCAGAGUUGUAACAACGUUUAUUGUUAGCUUGCUAGAGUAAAAUGUUGUGACAUUUUGUUGUCGGCUUGGUAGGAGAGUGAAAUGUUGCAACAACAUUUUGCUUUAUGCUUGGUAGAGGAAUGAAAUGUUGUGACAACGUUUUAGUAUUGGCUUGGUAGAGGAAUGAAAUGUUGUGACAACGUUUUAGUAUUGGCUUGGUAGAGGAGUAUUAUCACAGACCUGACACUGUAAAUCAGUUCAAAUCUUCACACUGGAGCCAUACCUUCAGCUCAAGGUCCUGUCAAAUUUAACAUCAGAAAUCUUCCCCGACGGAAUUAAAUACGAUUUUAAAAUUUGCCCUCUGAUGACAGAAAAAAACACAUUGUUAAAAGUAUUUCAUAUGAUAUGAUAUAUGAUGUAUAGUAAAAUAUAAAAUAUAGUAUGCUUUUGUAACCAUCUGUUCAAAUUCUAGCUCUUCCUCGUUCUUUUUUUACUUUUAACUGAAAAGAGAAAAGGGAACAUUCAUUAGAAUAAAAAAAUAUUUUCCACAUUUGUGGUGGGAAGGAGUCCGGGAAAAAAACUAUAUAAAGGCAAAAAAUAUAUAUAUACAUAAAAAUGGUUAACUGUGUUGAAAUCACAUUUUGAUUUUCUAAAUAUCGCUGAGUUAGCCAAAGAGGACGACGAUCUCUUUGAGGUGAGAGGGUUACGUAAGAAAUAAAUAUAUUUUUAUAAAAAAAAGGGAAAAAAAGAACAUGCUGAGACUUUUUACUGAUUGUUGAGCUCAAAAAUAUUUUGACAGACCACAUUGUUUCUUUUACGCUGUUUAAAGAAACAAGGGGAAGGGAUUGCGGAAGGGGAGGGAGGGGGGCAAGAACCAUUUUGUUGUGUGAGAACACUUGAUUGUUCGGUACAAAAUCAAAAAAAAAAAAACAAAAAAAAAAACUUUUUAGUCAGUACAAAAAAAUAAAAUAAAAAUCAGGCUUAUCCCCAAAUUAUUAUUAUUUAUUUCCUAAUAUAGGUUCAAUUCCAUAUUUGAUUAGCCCCACCCUCACUCCACCAUAGCCCCACCCACUUCGCCAUGGUCCCACCCACUUCACCGUAGCCCCACCCACUUCUCUGAAAGUGAACUGUGAGAUUCCAGUUCUGUGAUGCAUGAAAUAUAUAGAGAGGCAGAGCUAACACAGCUUCCCAGAGAGGUGGAGGAACGGGGUGCCAAGUUUCCUCCCUCGUCACCAGUUCCUAAAAGCGCAUAGAUCCCCAGUAAAUAACCGAUACAAGCAAACGGCUCCUGACAGAUGCCCCUUCAUUAUCUGAGGAACAAAAAAUAAAAGGAAAUAAAAUAAAUCCUUACGGAACAGCAAGUGCAAUGAGCUUCGUUUUUAUAUUAACUUAAAACAUGAAAUAUAUAUUUUUUAAGAAAUUAAACAUCAAACUGAAAUUGCAGAAAAGCAAAAGGAUCAAAUAAAGAAAAAAAAGACAAAAAAAACGUUAAAAAUGUUUGUCGGUUUAUUAGCGCUAAAAGCUCUGAUCCCCUGGAAUCAUACACUUCCUGAGCCCCUGAUUCGUGUCCUGAGUAUGUGACGUUAAUGCGAACAAAUGAUUCGGCAUCAAAAUCUCUUACCUUUUUUUGAUCGUUAAAACAAACAAAAAGAAACAAAAUAAACUAGCAUCAACACAAGAUUGUUCAAGGGAUACUUCAUUUUCACAAUAUGUUCUUAAGUUUAUGCGUUGUUCUGUUUUUUUCUUUUUUCAAUGUUCUUUGGUUUAUCCAUCCUCUUUUACAGUUACUGUAUAUCCCGUAUUGGGUCUACCCAUCAUGCAUCUGUUCUCUUUGGUUCACCCCGUGUAUAUCUCAGAGUAGGCGGCUUUGGUUUCUAGGUAUGUUUUGCAUAUCAGAAUCACGUGUUGAUUUUGCGUCUUUGUGUGGUUAAUAUAGCCUAACUGUAGGUUAACGUGGGUCUAAGAUUUUAUUUGAUUCAUUCCCUUCUUUUGGGUACACAUUUAAAUGGCUUUUGUUUCAUUGUUUAAAUAAUUAGUUGCCGUUCUUAAGUUUGCAGAUUUUAGAAUUAGUUGCCUUUAUUUCAAUACAAAAUGUGUACAAUUGUGUUUGUAAAAGUCUGUGGUAGCUUUUAUUGCGGCAAAAAUAUAUAUAUAUAUAUAUAUAAAAUGGAAAAAUUACUACAAGAUAGCGCCAACAAACUUGUAAUUAUUUGGGUGACUUUAAGCUCGUAGUUUUAACUUAUUGUUAACUUAAAAACUAUUUAUUAUCAUUAUUAUUAUGAUUAUUAUUAUUAUCAUUAUUAUUGCCUCGUAUAAAAGUAUGUUUUGUGUAUAUUUAUGGUUUAUUUAAUUAUAUUUGCAAGUUUAAAGGACUUUUUUCAUUUUUGCUGAUAUGUGGUUCUGCCAUUUUUUUUCUAAAAGGGUACAAAAAGAUUUUAAAAAACAACUCAAAAGUUAUGCUUGAGAAAUGUUCUCCAUAGGCUGAGUGCACUGAUUUAAAAAAAAAUUCAAAAAGUUGAAUUGUGUAGUCUACAAAUAUUUAGAAACAUUCUGUGUGCUAGAUGUUACGACUUUACUACCUGUGUUCUGUUUGUCUUGUUGAACCUUAUAUUCUUUCAUUCUUCAUGUUGUAUAAAAAUGAAUUUUUUCUUCCAUUCACAGUUUUGGUUUGGCAAACACUUUCAGUCUAAUUUUACCACCCCCUAGAGUCCACCUGAGCACCUGAGUCUCCCCACAGCCUGUUUGAACGUGUUCUACAGGCAGCUGAGGUUUACUUACAGCACUCCACACACGUUCCAGGUCUGAAUGGGCUGAUCCUGAGUUUAAUACAUGACUAUACACUAAAGUAGGAAUCCUCCCUCAGAUAUAUUCUGCAGAGGCAGGAAACGUGUGAGUUUUUUAACCUGCAAACAAAGCAAAGCAAACAAAACAUUUCUCACUACUGCCCCCUGGAGUACAGUAAAGAUACGUCACUUGCCUGAAAGUCAGUCGUCGAGGGUGAAUAUAGAGUGUGGAUUAGAGGGGACAUUGAAUAGGUUUGUUUCUCAGACAUGCACACACAACGCAGCCAAGCCAUGUUGAACAAAACCUCAGGUACAUAAGUAUUAUUUUCCCCUAAAUUUAAAUGCAAAUUCUAACUGUUUCUGAUAAAAACAAUGAGUGAUGUCAUUUUUUCCCCUCAGAAAUAAAAAUGUGCACAGUCAUCGUAGCUGCAUUCUCUAAAAUGUGAACAUGAAAUUAAUUAAUCUGGUACAUUUUGGUACAGAAUUUGAUUUAAGUACGUUACUAUAGCAUGUGUUAAUACAAUUAAAGGACAGCCCUGAGGACAGUCCUGGUUUGUUGUAAUUAACCCCUAAGUGUGUUUUAAACAGCUGGAGUUCUGUGGGUGGGACAAUCAGUGCUCGUAAAUAUGACGACAGUGAGGAAGAGGCUGACUAGAGGGGUAAACUCUGGGAAGUCCACUCUGAUUGGUGGAGGGGCGAUGAGAGCUCUACUCUGAUUGAUGGAAGUGUACUCACCUGAGUAACAUCCUUCUCUGGGGUCAACAGCUCUUCUGUUUUUAUUUUAUUUUGUUAUUAUUUCUUUAAAUUUUCAAAAAAACGUCUGUUUAUUGCUUGAUUGAUAUGGGGGAGAAAACUCGUCGUUACUUUACAAUGUUAAAUUUUCAAUAUUUUCUUUGGAUGGUUGAACAAAAAAUAAGUAAACGAUCAAAUCAUAAAGAAAGAUGGAGUGUGUGUGUGAGAGAAAUGGGAAAAUCAAGCAAAACCAUCAAACAAAAGCAAAAAUAAUUUCAACCUAAAACAAAAGAUCAAACGAACAACAACGAAAAUGUCAAAAAAAGAGAAAAAGAAAAGCGUGUGGUUAGUUUAGAAUAUUUAUUACUGGGAUUUCAGCUGAGGAUGCUUUAAAACUUUUUCAUGGAAUUGUUUGAUUAUUUGUACUUUUCAUGCUAGAAAAAAAUAAAAGUUAAAAAUCUUG